AUGCCGUCCUCCUCCGCCUCUCGCCGUCGCCGCCGCAACAAGCCGGCGCCGCAUCCGGAGGCUGUCGAGAGCACGAGGGGCCCCUACUAUCUUUGCAGGGCAUCAUCUCUAAAGAGUCUCCACCUCAUUUCUUGUCAGGAUAUCCUCAAAUCUGAAGAGGAGAUAAAGAAGUUUCGUCUGCUUGAGGAGCUAGAGAUUUCAAUUUCACUCUUUACAAAUAUAGGUGAUAGGCAUGUGUUUGAGGAGGUAGGCAAAGCAUGCCCGGAGCUGAAGCACUUCAGAUUCAAUAAGUACCGCUUCUACAAUCUCAAAGACAGUGAGGACACUGAGGAUGAUGACAAUGAGUUCAAGUAUAGUAAGGAUGAUGAUGCCCUGGGGAUUGCAUCUAUGCACGGGUUGCGCUCUCUGCAUUUCUUUGGCAACAACUUCACCAACAAAGGACUGACAGCCACCCUUGACAACUGCCCCCACCUGGAGUCCCUCGACAUCCGUCAUUGCUUCAACAUCAUCAUGGGCGACGCCCUGCAGACAAAAUGUGCUAGGAUCAAGACGCUGAGGCUUCCCUAUGAUUCAACAGAUGACUACCACUUUCCGGUUGUGAGUCCUCUCUGGUCGCUUGGCAUCGAGUCCGACAGUGAUGAUUGUGUCUAUGGUGGGCCUGACUACAUUCUGGAGUCAGAUGAAUACGAUGAUUACUGUGAUCCUUUCCGUUACCUUGAUGGCUUCUACGAGACUGAGCUUGAUCCAGAAGAUCGUAUGUUCCUCAACUGUAUGCACAUGUUAAUGAAAGAUGACGACAACAACGAUUACUGA